AUGUCGGGAGCUCUCGUGGCUUCGUGCUCACGCUUGUCCCUUCUCCCACUCCCACACUGCUGUCGCGCCGCUGCAGAUCCGGAUGGACCGCGGAUCACUGAGAAGGCGGACUGUAAACAAGCGUCUCAAGUUUCAAUAGCCAUAGCUCCAAAUCUUCUCCCAGUGGAUCAAGUUUCCAGAGCAUCUGUCUGGCCGUGUGGCCUCCACCCGCCACUGGACCAGUAUGACCCUGAGCCGGACCAUGAGUGCUGUGAGAGGGUGGUCAUUAACAUCUCCGGCUUACGCUUUGAGACGCAGCUCAAGACCCUCUCCCAGUUCCCUGAGACUCUGCUGGGUGACCCUAAGAAGAGGAUGAGAUACUUCGACCCACUGAGGAACGAAUACUUCUUUGACCGAAACCGACCGAGUUUUGAUGCCAUCCUCUACUACUACCAGUCAGGAGGGCGGCUUCGUCGGCCUGUCAAUGUUACUCUUGACAUUUUCUCUGAGGAGAUUCGCUUUUAUGAGUUGGGUGAGGAGGCCAUGGAGAUCUUCAGAGAAGAUGAGGGAUUUAUAAAAGAAGAAGAGCGACCAUUACCAGAGAAUGAGUUUCAGAGACAAGGGCUGCAGAUCCUUGGGCAGACCUUAAAGGCCUCUAUGCGGGAGCUUGGUCUUCUCAUCUUCUUUCUCUUCAUCGGUGUGAUCCUCUUCUCCAGUGCAGUGUACUUUGCAGAGGCAGAUGAGCCGCAGUCUCAGUUUAGCAGUAUUCCCGAGGCCUUCUGGUGGGCCGUAGUGUCCAUGACGACAGUGGGGUAUGGAGACAUGGUCCCUACCACCAUCGGAGGGAAAAUUGUGGGCUCUCUUUGUGCCAUUGCUGGUGUGUUGACAAUAGCUCUGCCUGUGCCUGUCAUUGUCUCAAACUUCAACUACUUCUAUCACAGAGAAACCGAGGGAGAGGAACAGGCACAGUACUUGAACAUUCCCAGUGUGCCUAAGGCCAGCUCAGCAGAUGACCUGAAGAAAAGUGGUCGCAGCGGCAGUGGUUCCACUCUUAGUAAGUCGGACUAUGUGGAGAUCCAGGAAGCAGUGAACCACAGUGUUGAGGACUUCAGGCCUGAGACCAUGAAGACAGGAAACUGCACAGUAACAAACACUAACUAUGUCAACAUCACAAAGAUGCGCACGGAUGUAUAA